ACAGAAUUACUAGCGUUAGCCACGCUGCAGAGGCUACAUGCUGCUGUGUCUUCUUAGAGAAAUGUGACAUUUAUCUUCUCUUGUCUAAGCUGUAAUUGUGGUGAGACAGUAAGCUAACUUGCACUGCAACUUGAAAUCAUGUCGCCUAAAAAGAUGCCUCCGAAGAAGGGCGGGGACGGACCAAAACAGCCCCCACUGAUAGGACGCUUCGGGACCUCAUUGAAAAUCGGCAUCGUGGGACUGCCUAAUGUGGGGAAAUCCACGUUCUUUAACGUUCUGACCAAGAGCCAGGCGGCGGCGGAGAACUUCCCCUUCUGCACCAUCGACCCCAACGAGAGCAGGGUUCCGAUCCCUGACGAUCGCUAUGACUACCUGUGCAAGUACCACAAGCCCGCCAGUAAGGUGCCUGCGUUCCUGAACGUGGUGGACAUCGCUGGCCUGGUAAAGGGCGCCCAUGCUGGCCAGGGCCUUGGCAACGCCUUCCUGUCCCAUAUCAGUGCCUGCGACGGCAUCUUCCACAUGACCCGUGCAUUUGAGGAUGAGGACAUCAUCCACGUGGAGGGCAAUGUUGACCCGGUGCGGGACAUCGAGAUCAUCCAUGAGGAGCUGCGUCUGAAGGACGAAGAGAUGAUUGACCCCAUCAUCGAAAAGCUGGAGAAGGUCGCCGUCAGAGGGGGAGACAAGAAGCUCAAGCCUGAAUACGACAUCAUGAUUAAAGUUAAGAACUGGGUCGUUGAACAGAAGAAACAUGUCCGUUACUACCCAGACUGGAAUGAGAAAGAGAUCGACGUGCUGAAUAAAUACCUGUUCCUGACGUCCAAGCCCAUGAUCUACCUGGUGAACCUGUCCGAGAAGGACUACAUCAGAAAGAAGAACAAGUGGGCUGCUGGCAAGUACAGACAACAGGGUCGGAACUACACAGUGGACGACGGUGACAUCAUCUUCUUCAAAUUCAACACGCCGAAUCAGCCCAAAAAGAAGUGAUGAUAUAGACAGAGUGGACUGUACCAUUGGGUGAAAUGAGAGGGGAUUAUUUUACACACAGCAAUCCUCUGAGCUUUCUCUUUUUGUUUUGUUUUUUUGGACACCCCCCUCCUUCAACAUGGUGGCAUCCAGGCCAUCCCUAUCACCUUCUCAUUCUUUUGCUCUGUCUCAUGCUGCCUACACACAGAAUCACAGACACAGCUUAAUGAAUCGCUGUUGUGUGUGUACGCGGGCGAUCUAUGAAUGUGUAUAGAGCAGCUGGAGUGAAGUGUGUGAUUCCAGCUCCAUCUAGAGUGAAGUGUGUGAUUCCAGCUCCAUCUAGAGUGAACUGUGUGAUUCCAGCUCCAUCUAGAGUGAACUGUGUGAUUCCAGCUCCAUCUAGAGUGAACUGUGUGAUUCCAGCUUUGCAGAGCUAAAGGCUGCUCAAGCCUCUGCUCUUCUCUCCUGCACCAUAAACUGCAUGUGACACAGCAAACCCCAACAUCUCUCAAUAAAACACCUGCAAAAACUG